AUGCACUCCUCGGGCAGUAUGGCCGAAGUGAUAAACGGGCAAAACGGCUGCCUCAGUUGCCCGCACGCUGCCAGAGUCUCGGGGACUUCCCCAGACUCAUCUAUGGCUAGUCAGGUUCCCACCCCCCACUACCCUGGUUGUGUCCAAUGCCGUGAGCGCAAGGUCCGAUGUUCCGGAUCGUUUCCAUGCCCCAAUUGCAGCCGCCGUUCCGCCGAGUGCGUUUUUGAGCCCGAGGAUCGCAAGAUUAUUGUCUCGGAGAACUACUUCAACGAGUUGAAGCGAAAAGCGGGGGAAGAUGGCAAUCCACAACCAACAAAGAAACGCCACCCCUCUGAUAAGAGCCCAAGAGAUCAGCAUACGAGUCUAGGUGAGGCUAGUUACGAGAAUGCUGAUGCCAAUUGUGACCUGGGAGCCGACUCGGGCGACGAAAGCUUCUCCGCCUUGACGAAUCCUCUUGUCAUGACCCCUUCUCAGGUCGUCACAGACACUGAAGGGCGAACGCGUUUCCUCGGUCCAUCGUCAACAUGGGCUUACAGCCGGCAUAUCAUGGGUAUGAUCAAGCAGCAUCUCAAUCACAAUCUCUCUCCGGACGUGCCUCUCAACGUUGAUGGCGCCGCAUUCCCCAUCAAAUUCCCAAGCACGGGACGGCUCGGGCUCUCUAUCUCGAUGGAAGACCUACCAUCCCUCGAUUACGCCCUCUAUCUCACCAACACUGUCAAGUUUCACGUUGGGCAAACGUACCAUCUAUUCCACGAGCAGGCUUUCAUGCAAAGGCUCUUUUCUCUCUAUAAAGACGGUCCGGAACCCCUAAAUGCGACGAACCGCAUGUGGUUUGUGCAAUUCUUCCUAGUUAUGGCUCUGGGUAUGGCGCUGCUCGCGCGCGGUGUCUCGACAACGAGCCCCCCCGGAAGAGGUUAUUUCAUUCGUGCAGUAGACUUAUUUCCCGAUAUCAACGGUCUGUAUCAAGACACUAUCACAUCAGUAGAGGUUUGUUGUGGACUGGCCUUGUACUUGCAGUCUGUGGAUCAUCGGAAUAGCGCAUAUGUUUAUCUUGGCCUCGGUCUGAGAGUAGCCCUUUCUCAGGGUUAUCACAGAGACGUCGUCAGUGACCUCGAUGCCCACACAGAUAUGACACGGCAUCGUAACGUUUGGUGGACUCUCUACAUCCUGGACCGCAAAUUCUCGUCGUUGAUUGGGGCUCCAAGUUCGGUACACGAUAGCGACAUAUCGGUCCCGCUACCCAUGUAUCAGAAAUCUACGCAAAAGACUUGCGCGCUAGAUAUGCAUGUUAGAUUAUCGAGACUUCUUGCCAAGGUUCUCAACACUGUCUACUGUGUCGAUGGAAGGCUCAACUCGUCUUUUCUAAAGAAUAUUCAGGCUACUGUCCGAGAGCUCGCGGACCUUGCUGUUGAACUUAACGCCACUCCUGAGUUAAAGUUGAAAAACUCUGGCCCGGUUUCCCGACUGUCUGCAACCUUGAACCUCUGCUAUCAUCAGUGCAUGGUACUGGCCACCAGGCCACUCCUUGUAUGCCUUUUACAUGACAGACUUGAUAGACGGGCAAGCAAGACCAGACAGGCCACCAUUAUCAUCGAUCCUGUCAAGGCAUUGUUGAAAACCUCACAUGACUCUGCUCAAAAGUCUUUGCGUAUUCUGGCCACAUUACAGGCGCAAGACCAUGCGUUUUCUGCUGGUUUCGUCUUAUCUUUAAUAUCCGUCAUCAACCCCGAUUCUGUCGACGUUAAUGAUGCGCAUCUCGAGAGGACAUUCUGCCUUCUCGACACGCUCAUUGCUGGCGGGAAAAUACCUGCUGGCUUUCGGCGACAAGAACUAGCCUGCUUGCAUGAUUUGCUGCGCUGCUUGAAGGAAUCAAAUAGCGAUACGUACCCUCAGGACACCGCCCGGUCUGGACUACCCCUCGCGGGUACUUACGAUCUCUCACAGCAAGGAGUCUCGCCAAAUGAGAUGCUCGCGUUGGCAAGUCUUUUAGACGGUGAUUCAACCCUUCAUCUCGAUUCAGAAGUUGUAAAUAGCUGGUUGUGGGAGGCAGUCAACUUAGUGAGUAUGCCGUUGGCCGAAAACCCGGAAGAUGGAUAG